CCAGCAUCUUGGAAUAUUUCGCUUGGAGUGACUGAGGGGCAAAAGCCAUGCGCUUUGUCAAGCUAACUGCCUUUCUGCUGGUGGUUCUGUUCACCUCAGACUCAGCAGCAGGUGAUGUUGAGGCAAUGUGCGCGAACUACCCGGCCAAACCUUGUCAAUAUAAAAUCACCUACCGCAACAGUGACUACAUGGAUCCGGAAGAGUGGUUUCAGCUCGGGAAGGACAGUUGUGUGAAAGUAGUGACGCUCCCGCAAGUGAAUUGGGUCAACGCCGAGGCCGCCUGUUCAUCAUUCAGCUACAGAUACUUUUACGGCCACUUGGUGUCCAUCCGCACUACGCAAGAGUUGAACGGGACAAUCUGCGCCAUGUACAGGAAGAAUUCUUACCGGCAACAUUACUGGAUUGCACUCCACAAGAUGCGAGGUGAGACAAAUCUCUGGACCGAUGGCACAGAAAAUGGAUUCAUCAACUGGGGCAAAAACCAACCUAACUUAGAUUUCUUGCCACAGUACUGUGUCAAAAUCAACUCUGUUGAUUGGGGAUAUUACGACGACGUUGACUGCUUUCAAUAUAAUGGCUUCGUCUGUCAAGUCAGGUUUGAAUGAUUCCCUGCGAUUGUCUGCAAAUGGAGCCGGAGGUUCACACCUCCAUUUGACAAAGACAAAAUAAAGAGCAUCGAUA